GUGGGAAGAAAGGGGGAGCACAAGGUCGGGUUGAGCGAGGGGGCGGCGGCGGCAGCAGGAGUUUCCCCGACAUCUGGAGGUGUCGGCGGCCCCGCUUGGGAGCGAACGGCGGGCGGGAGCUGUUCGCCGCAGCAAUAGCGGCUGCAGCGGCUCCUCCUCCUGCUGCUGCUGCUUCGCCGAGUCCCUCCGCCUGAGUCGCCUCUCCGAGCCUCCGGUCGCUCCUCCUUACUGACAAAAACACAAAGGGCCGCACCAGUCUGGAGACGCCUCUGUAGCCGGCAUGGGAGACAAGAAGAGCCCCACAAGGCCGAAGCGGCAGCCGAAACCUUCCUCCGACGAAGGCUACUGGGACUGCAGCGUCUGCACCUUCCGGAACAGCGCCGAGGCCUUCAAGUGCAUGAUGUGCGAUGUGAGGAAGGGCACCUCCACCCGGAAACCUCGACCUGUCUCUCAGCUGGUUGCGCAACAGGUUACCCAGCAAUUUGUGUCCCCUACACAAUCAAAAAAAGAAAAAAAAGACAAAGUAGAAAAAGAAAAAAGUGAAAAAGAAACUACUACCAAAAAGAACAGUCAUAAGAAAACCAGGCCCAGAUUGAAAAAUGUGGAUCGAAGUAGUGCUCAACAUUUGGAAGUUACUGUUGGUGAUCUGACAGUCAUUAUUACAGACUUUAAGGAAAAAACUAAGUCGUCACCUGCUUCAAGUGCAGCUUCUGCAGACCAGCACAGUCAGAGUGGUUCUAGUUCUGACAAUACAGAGAGAGGAAUGUCCAGGUCAUCUUCACCUAGAGGAGAAGCCUCAUCACUGAAUGGAGAAUCUCAUUAAAGUUUAUUUACUUCAGUUUAUUUAGUCUUUUGUCUCAAAAAAUUACAUAUAUACAACUUCUGCCAACAGUUACCGCAUUUUCAUGACUUAUUAUCACCAUGCAUGAUUAUGUUUACCCAGAUAUGAUUUAUGCAGUUUUUUACAAGCAGUGCUGCAGUGCAGUUAAAUUGCACUGCAAUCUACAAAACAUUUUUAGAUCAAUUUUUUAAUCUUCAUAUACAAUGGUGCCAUGAAAAUGUGGUUUGAAUAUGCUUGAUGCAGUGUUACUGGCAAGUCCUUUUCCUCUUUUACUUUAGUGAAUUUUAACAGAACUCUUGGAUUCUAUGCUAUUGGCAUGUACUGAAUGAAUUAAAAAAGCUGCCUAAAUAUGUAUUAUUUGAGAAUUGUGAAUCAUAGUUAUAUAUGUAUGCAAGUCAAAGAUCAACUUAAUCAACUAUUGCUGCAAAAGACUUUUCAUAAUGAUUAUCUUUAAAACACCUGCUGGUACUUGGUGUGGUUGAAUAGGAAAAUGCUAUUAAAUAUAACAUUUGUAUGAAUUUUUGCCAAUGUCCAACACAUUUUACUGGAUUAUUGUAACUGAAUAAUGUUGCUAGCUUCUCCAAUAUUUUCCUCAUACAUUUAAAACAUUUAUUGUUAACGUUUACAAGCAAAAAAGUAAAUCUGUUAAAAACAUUGUUUAGCUUUAUAAUUCAAAUAUAGUACUACCUUGUCCUUAUACACUGGUAUUCUCUGUUAUAGAACAUAAAUUUAUUCUGAAAUUA